GCCGGAUGCUCUUCGGUUAAAAUGGCCGGAGAGGGAGCUCGCUGCUCCUCCCCCAUUGGCCGGGCCGCCCUGCAGGCAGAUUGAGCCAAGUCUUCCGACAUUUAGGCCCUGGCGGCGGCCUGGUCCUUCCCCGCCCUAACCCGCUCACCUGGCUCCCUGGCAAAGGCAUGAAGCCUCACCCUCGCGCCGGGGCCGCCCGCAGCUGACAUCUGCUCCCGGGCCGGGCCGUGAACGAGCAGCGAGUGAGUGUGCGUGUGUGCGCGCGUGUCUCGCUGUCGCGGCCGGCGGGGGGAGGGCUCUCGCCUCUCCCUUCUCCUUCCCCCUCUCCGCCCGGCUCCUUCCUCGGGGCCUUCUAUAUGGGCCACCUCCUCUCGAAGGUGCCGCGUAACCGUCACAGCCAGAGGGGACCCCGGUGUUGCUGCUGCUGGUGCCGCCGCCGGCGCCACCGCCACCUCCUCCGGCUGCCCCGGUUGCCCCCAGCCAAGGCUUCCCCCCUGCCCUCGCCCUCCCCUUCGCCGCCGCCCCGGAGCUGGGACUGUUUGCUCCGCGGGCCCUGCAUGCUUUGCUUCAUCGUGCACAGCCCCAGCACGCCUGCCCCUGCCGCCGCCGCGGGCCUAGAGGAGGAGCCGCGGCUGUCGCGGGACCGGGACCUGCCCUACGCCGCCACCGCCACUUCGCAGCACCUGGCACACCGCAGGGUGGCCGAGGAUUGCGCCGCCGCCGCCCGCCACUUUCUGCUGUCGUCGGCCGCAGCCGCUGGCUCCUCAUCGUCGGUCUCCUGCUGUAAAGAGUUAGGCCUGGCCGCCGCCGCCGCGGCCGCCGCCUGGGAGCAGCGGGAGCAGCAGCAGGGGAGAAGCCUCUUCUUCCCCGGCGUGGGGCCCAUCCGCUUCCUGGGGCCGCCGCCGCCUCCUUUCCAACUCUUCCGGGGGCAGUCGGCGGCGGCCGAGCCCCCCACCCUGCCCGAGAUGGUGUGUAAGCGGAAGGGGGCCGGGGUCCCCGCGUGCACCCCCUGUAAACAGCCCCGCUGUGGCGGCGGGGGUUGCGGGGGGGGAGGAGGCAAAGGAGGAGGAGGAGGCGGCGCGUCGCCCCCCCGGCCCCCCGAGGCCGGUGGCUGCCAGACCCCGGAGCAGCCCCCACCGCCGCAACUCUGCCCCCUGCCCACGGCCUCGGGGUCCUCGGACUGUGCGGGCUCCGCUCUGCGGAGGGACCCCGUGGGCGAGAGCCUCGGCGGCCCGGGGGCUCCCCCGGCGUCCGCCCCGCCGCGGCCGGAGGGCGGCGACCCGGACUCUCUGGACCCCCAAGACAACCCCAACGACGGCUGCAGAGAGCCACCACCCGAGACUGCCGGCAUCAAUCAGCUGCCUCCCUCCAUCCUGCUCAAGAUAUUUUCUAAUUUGUCCCUGGAUGAACGUUGCCUUUCUGCAUCAUUAGUUUGCAAAUACUGGCGUGACCUCUGUCUAGAUUUCCAGUUUUGGAAGCAGUUGGACCUUAGUAAUCGUCAGCAGGUCACUGAUGAACUAUUGGAAAAAAUUGCAUCAAGGAGUCAAAAUAUAACUGAAAUCAAUAUUUCUGAUUGUCGAAGUAUGUCUGAUACUGGAGUGUGUGUUCUAGCAUUUAAGUGUCCUGGAUUGCUUAGGUAUACAGCCUACAGGUGCAAACAACUUUCUGACACCUCUAUCAUUGCAGUUGCUUCUCAUUGUCCUUUACUUCAGAAAGUACAUGUAGGCAACCAGGACAAAUUAACUGAUGAAGGACUCAAGCAGCUGGGUUCAAAGUGCAAACAUCUGAAAGAUAUUCAUUUUGGCCAGUGUUACAAGAUCUCAGAUGAAGGAAUGAUUGUUAUAGCUAAGGGCUGUCUGAAGUUGCAGAAAAUAUACAUGCAGGAAAACAAAUUUAUGAGGACACUGAGGCCCAGAAUGUUUAAGUAUAGUGAUUUGCCCAGGGUCAUACAGGUGACAGAUCAGUCAGUAAAAGCAUUUGCUGAACACUGUCCUGAACUACAGUAUGUUGGUUUUAUGGGCUGUUCCGUUACUUCAAAAGGGGUUAUUCAUCUAACAAAGUUAAGAAACCUUUCCAGUUUGGAUUUACGUCACAUCACUGAACUGGAUAAUGAAACUGUGAUGGAAAUAGUCAAGAGGUGCAAAAAUCUUAGCUCCCUCAAUCUCUGCCUGAACUGGAUCAUUAAUGACAGGUGUGUGGAGGUCAUUGCAAAAGAAGGACAAAACCUGAAAGAAUUGUAUUUGGUGUCUUGUAAGAUCACUGACUAUGCACUGAUAGCCAUUGGACGAUACAGCAUGACAAUAGAGACUGUAGAUGUUGGAUGGUGUAAAGAAAUUACAGAUCAAGGAGCCACCCUGAUUGCACAGAGCAGCAAGUCACUCAGAUAUUUAGGGCUGAUGCGAUGUGAUAAGGUGAAUGAAGUAACUGUGGAACAGCUUGUGCACCAGUAUCCACACAUAACUUUCAGUACUGUCCUGCAAGACUGCAAGAGGACCCUGGAACGUGCUUAUCAGAUGGGCUGGACACCCAAUAUGUCUAAUGCCUCUUAACACUCCCUUUAGUAUUUUAAGUCAACUCUCUGAUAUAUUCAGCAAGUGUAAUGGGAAUUACAGAUUGGGGUAUAUGAUAUGAUCUCUUGGGAAUGUUUUAACUUCCACCUUUCUUGGGUGUCUACAUGAGUAUGUAUGUGUGUGCAUGAGUGAGUGUGUAUUUUUCCAUGUGGAUUCUAUAGAACGUAAGAACAGAUGUUAGCUGUUACCAGAUGAGUCUCAUUUUUUAUUUUUCAAAAUUAAGGAUUUUUAAAACCAUGGAUAUUCUUAGGUUUGGGGCCCUUUUCUGGAAAAAAAAAAAGAAAGAAAGAAAAUAGAAUGGCCAGAUUGGUUUUGUUAUUCUGAGUAUUCAAUUCCUACUAUCUUUAAAAUGUUCAGAUUUCCCAAAGGAGUGGCCACUUUCUUUAACUGAUGAAUAUAAUUGUUGACUUCAACAAGCCAUAGUAAAAUAGAAGUGAUCUUACACUGAUUAUGAACCCUAGAAACCAGUAUUAAAAAAAAAAUUAAAAAAAAAAAAAAAAAAAAAAAAAACCUUGUGCCAGAAUUUUUCUAUUGGCAGAUGUCAUUUGUUGGCAUUUGGGUACUGUUUCAGGCCACUAGGGAAUCAUUUAGUGCACCAUCAUAGUGUCCAACUAAGUGUAUCCAAGAGCAUCAUCUAAAUUACCACCGUCAAGUGACAUGGGCACUAGAGAGUAGAGUCCUUGUAAAAUUGUUGUAAGCAAAAAGCAAUCUAAAUUCUCUGGGCCAACUCAGCAAAUUAUUCAUUAUUCUACAAGUGGUUUGAGUUAUCUAGAGUACUAAAGCUUUUCAUAGGGUUUAAGUUAAUAUUUGUGUUAGCUGUGGUUUCACUGCAAGCACCAAUUUAAGAGCAGAUUGUAUUUUGACUAAAAUUGGGACUAAUCUCCAUAUUAUGUACAGUGAAGCCACCAUUUUAAUUAAGGAUGUGCUGUUAUGGCAGAAUCUAUAGAUCAUUUAAUUGUUUUCUUAAUUUUAAUAAUUAUGAAAAUCCUUUUCUAUGAUUUUAAUAGGAAUGUUAAUGAACGAUAACUAAUUAAUAUUUAAAUAGACAGUCUUUUGGUUGAUUUUUGUUUCUUUUUCUUUUGGAUUUAGAAAAGCUGAUAUGUAGGAAGGAUUUGUUUUUGCAUGUUCUUGUUUUUUGAGUGGUAGAUAUGUCACAGGUAAAGAAUGAAUGUUGGCUAACAAUUAGAAAAUUUAUUAAUUAUACUUCUGUUUACACUUUUGUUGUCAAUAUUAAUCAUUUAUUUGUUUUUAAAAAGAUGUCCAACUGUCAGUAAAAUGCUUAUCAGUAAAUGAAAAUGUUUUUAAAUUUCCAUGUCCCAUAUUUGAUAACAGUAACCCAAGUUCAGUCAAUUCUUUCCUGUGUUGACAUAUGUAACCAAGCAUAGGAUCUGCUUAACAUAAAGUAUACUAUCUUUCAGAGUAGAGCUAGAAACAGAAAUCUGUUUCAUAAGUUUGCUAUUUAUUCUUCCAUGCUAUGGCCAUUAGCCACUAUUCUGUCUUUAACAGAUAUAUUAAAUGAGUUUUCCAUUUCCACAGGUACCUUAUUUUCUCCCAGAGUUGUAGAUGUUAGUAGCUUUGGGAAGUAAGCAUGGUGUUAAAUAUGUAUAUCAUUCAUUUAUUUAAAAUUACUUUUUUAAACAACUGUCUCCUCUGAUUAUGUUACCAUGUCAAUGUUGCCUGUUUUUAAAAAAUCCAAAUCAUAUUUAAAAAAAAAAUCUAGUCAGUAAGCAACAGAAGUGUUUUCCAUAACUAUGCAGGAGAUUGCUAACUUUCUCUGGAAGGACAUUAUUACUCUGGAAGAAAGGGGCUGUUUAUAAUCAACAAACUAUAUUUCUUACACCUUGUACUAUAUGAUUUUCAUACUCAUUUCCCAACUACUGAAGAAUACCUUAGUUGGCAAUAUUUUAACUGGUUUUUAAUCUAAAACUGAUUUAUAAGACAAUAUGUGUAGUCAUAGCUUGAAUGAAUAAGCAAAAAUUUAAUUUUCUAUAUAUGUCUGAAUAUAUUUUAAAUAGUUAAAAAUGACAAAAGAAGUGACAGCCAUCAAAAAUAGAAAUGUCAUGGCUUCCAGUGGAAGUUAUAACCUCCAGAGUGUUGCUGUUCAGUUACUGAGAUGUGUACUUGAGUUUUUCCCCCUUAAACUUUGCAUUGUUUAAAGCUAAAAUACAGUGCUCUAAAAUACUCAGACUUUACUAAAGGGGUUGCAUUUAUUCUUUGAGACACAGGCAAAUCUCAGUUUCGUACAUUCAGAGAAAGCUCACAUCUACCCCCAAAUUAUUCACUGCAGAGGACAACCAAAACCUCAUCUACUGCAAGGACUCCACGCACGGUUGUUCAGUGUGUCCUUAUAAAUUAAGAUGCUUCAAAUGAGGUUUGCAACAGUUCUGGAAAAUGUAGCAUUUUUGCUUGGAAUGUCACAAAUAUACGUAGACAAAUUGAACGCUGGGAUUUUUAUCUUUUCCAAAGUGUCUACAGCCCUUUCAGAAUAAAGACAAUGAAUGAUAUUGCUGAAAUGGAGAAACUUGGUCCUUUGUCCUGAAUGCCCCUUUAUGAGUGCAACAAAAAAUUUCAGCCUUUGUAGGUUUCUAUUUUUCCGUGAAACUUUUGACCUUGCAAUGGGUUGAAAUAAAAAAGAAGUAAAACACA